AUGAGACCGCUCGAAGCAGUGCUGUUAUUGCUAUGCGCAUCUCAUUCCAUGCUAGGCAUAGAUGCAAGAGGCCACAGAAUCAGAUUGAAUACCUAUGAUACCAACAGAGGGAAUGAGAUCCAAAACAACGGUGGUGAUUCCAGGGCAUCCAGCAAAAAACCGAUUCGGGGUGUUCCUAUCAGGGGCAGGAACAAUGUCUUUGGAGAUGUGGACGAAGGAGAGGGCAGCUAUGAACCAGAUGCUCUCAAUGGGUAUUAUUCAUGGGAUGAGACAUCUACAAGGAACAUCGAUGCAACAAGGGGGAAACAGAAGAACCGAAAGCCAAAAAGGGGUAGAAUGGAAAAAGACCGAUCAAGACAAGACUAUGAUAACGUUGUUCUCGUAGAAGAAUCUUCAGAGGAUCCGGGAUUUGUUGGGGAACAAGGCACGGGAUUUUCAACAAAGACACCAUCGGCACCAGCUCAGAGACCUACAGACAAACCGACGCCGCGUCCCUCACGAGAGCCUACGCCUGAGCCUACUAAUGUUGCAACUCCGAGACCGACAAAUAGACCGACUCCGAAUCCAACCCCAGAAAUCACUGAAGCUCCAACCUUCUACCCCAGUCAGAAGCCCGUUGAGACCCCAAGACCAACCAUAAUAACGAGGCCCCCAACAGAGCGACCAACACCGAAUCCAACACAACCUCCAGAACCAGAGCCACAGCCCACCGGGACGGAUGUUCCGAUACCCCCAGCACCUUCUACAGCGUUUUGUCGAAGUGACGCCGACGGUGCUUUUGGAUCUAUGAACGGAAAGAGCACAGAAGUCGAUUAUCUUUAUCAAAUCGAACUAUUCUUAGGGCUCUCCAUCCAGGAUGCAACAGCACAAGUGGAACAAGAACUAGUUGACUUGCUGCUUCCUAAAAUGUUCCCACAGCAAUGCAGGUUAAGGCGAAAACUUCAGGCUGCCAAGGCUGCCUAUGUCGGAAUAAGCACAAUGCCAUCGGAUUCCCAUAUUCCAGGAUUUGCUUGUGUUGGCAACUUUGUCGAGCCAUGUUUUGUGGUGAGGGGCUGGGUUACAGUGUAUUCGGUCAACAUACCUCCUGACACCGUCGCAACUGAAGUAUCGGGUUACAUUUAUGAUAUCUUGGAAAGUGGACAGAUAGAGGAGGAAAUAAUGGAUGUUCACAGAAUUAGAUCUCUUCGGGCGCCCAGCAUGAUGGAAUCACCCAACAACCCUGAGAAAGUACCAGUCGCAAGUGCGGCGGUGUCAAACUCGGCGGGGACUCAGUCGUCUCCAUCAUCAAACCGCCUACCUCCUGCCAGCAACAACCCUCUGCAAGCGGGUAUAGUUGAUUCCCCUCUUUCCUCAAUGACGUCGACAAACCCCCCAUUACAAACAAAUGAACCCUCUGAGAACACAUCGUUCCUUCUAAGAAUACCAUGGUGGUUAUGGCUUCUCAUGCUUCUGUUCAUAUUGGUGCUCUGGGCUUUGAUGGCUGCCGUCGAGAAGAAACUAGAGUUACGAAAAGAAUCAGAAUCAGAGGAGAAAGCACUUGCCCUUGAGAAGAAAGCCCUCGCACUUGCGAAUCCAGCCGAAUGA